AUGGUCAAAAUUGCUAUCAUUACCUACUCAUUGUACGGCCACAUAGAUACUGUGGCCAAGUCCCUUGUCAAAGGGAUAGAGGCAGCUGGUGGAAAAGCCGACCUUUUCAGAGUUGAAGAAACUUUGCCAGAUGAAGUGUUGACAAAAAUACACGCUCCUGAAAAGCCUGACAUUCCUAUCGCCACUGCUCAAACCCUAGAAGAAUACGACGCCUUUUUGUUUGGGAUCCCUACCAGAUACGGCAAUGUCCCAGCUCAAUGGUCAGCUUUCUGGGACAGAACUGGUGGAUUGUGGGUCAAGGGAGCCUUGCAAGGUAAACCCGCCGGGAUAUUCGUCUCCACUGCUAGUUAUGGAGGUGGACAGGAAACCACGAUCAAAACUGCAUUGACGUAUCUGGUCCACCAUGGAAUGAUUUACAUUCCUGUUGGUUACAAGAACUCGUUCGCAGAGUUCUCCAACGUGGAAGAAAUCCACGGUGGCUCUGCGUGGGGUGCUGGCACCCUAGCAGGUGCUGAUGGCUCUCGUACACCAUCAGACCUGGAAUUGAGAGUGGCCGUCGCCCAGGGAAAGGCAUUUUACGAAAUUGUUCAACAUUUCCCUUUGGCGAGCACCAAAAAGACUACCACCAAGGCAGCCACGACCGAAGAGAAAAAGGCCAGCCCUCAAAGAGUAACUCAGUCUGCUGCUGCGUCAGGAAAAAAAGACGCAGACAAGAAGAAAAAUGGCUGUUGCAUUGUCAUGUAG